AUGGAAAAGCUAAAGCCCAAUGUUAGCCCAGACUUUGACCUAGGAGACCCAGGAGAACUCAGUGAAGACAUGACCCUCCGCAGCCUUCUCUUCAAGUGCAGUACCCAUCUCCAAUGCCAAUUCAUGUCUUUAGCUGUUCCACGUCAUGCACAUAGGAAAGAUGGUGUACUGGUGGAAAGCAGCCAUAAAAACAUGGGAAGGACAACCAUCCUGGAAGAGGGAGAAGAAUAUGUAAAAUGUCCCCCCGAACAGCAUUACCCCUGUGUCCACAGAAUAGUAAACAGCCAGGAAAAUAAGGGAAAGGAUGGUGGAGAGAGCCCUGCACACCAGAUCCGCAUUUCAUCCAGCAAGAUGAGCGCCGGGACCCCACCCUCACUCCAGCAACUCGCCAGGAAAAGUCUGCUGAGCCACCAUGCCCUGACCACCUCUGCCCUGGACAAUCUGCCGCUGCUGCUGAUCCCUUCGCUCUUUGUGGAGGCCUACACUGGGGGCCACAGAGAGGUGCUGAAGGCCAUGGUGCAGGCCUGGCCCUUCCCCUGCCUCCCCCUUGGGGACCUGGCACAGCCACCAGACCAAGAAACCUUCAAGGCUGUCCUGGGUGGGCUUGAUCUGCUACUGGCCAGAAGGGAGCGCCCCCGUCAGUGGAAACUGCAGGUGCUCGAUCUGCAGGGGGAGCACCCAGGGAUCUGGACGCUGGGGUACCCUGCCAUGGCACAAAUCUCCUACCCAAAGGUCCUGCCUGUCAAGCCAAGAGCAAGUCCCUGGACAGAGAUGGCUGAAGAGCAGCCCUUGGUGAUCGCCAUCCACUUGACCAUCGACGAUGGCACUCAGGAUGAUCUCCAAGCCUUCCUACUCCACUGGGCCCGGGAGAGGAAAGAACGAGUCCGGCUGUGCUCGAGGGACCUGCAAAUUCUGUGUGACUCCAGCUCUGAAAUCCAGAAGGCUCUGUCAGUUGUGAGUCUGGACUCUAUCCAGGAACUGCUGGUGAGCGAACUGUGGCAUGGAGAAACCAUGCAAACCUUUGCUCCUUACCUGAGCCAGAUGAAGAACCUCCGCAAACUUACUUUCUGCAAUAUGCGUGGGGACUUCUACACUCCCAGCUCUCCAGAUUUCUCUUAUUCCUCCCAGUUGGGGGCACAACUGGGGCAGCUGCAGCGUCUUCAGGAGCUGCAUAUGCAAGAAGUCCUCUUCCUUGGUGGAAAGCUGCCCGCCAUCCUCAGGAGUCUGCCACCUUUGCAGCUCCAGCACCUGCGGCUGAGGAAUUUGUCUAUGGACAGCUUCAGUCCUGAUCCCCUGAGAGCCCUGUUGGAGCAGGUGGCUGGCACCUUGGAGACCCUGGCCCUGGAGGACUGCAACAUCAGUGAUGCCCACAGCCUCCUGAGAGUCAUUGCCAGGUUGGGCCACUUGAGCGGAGGAAUCUAUUCUCCCCCUCUAGAGAGCUACGGGUCCACGGGGAACAUUGACCCUGACAGUAUGACCCAGGUUCUGGCUAGUUUGGCCCAGGCACUGAAAGAUGUAGGGACAACCCAGAAGGUCCAGGUCUGUACCGAUUUCUGUCAUUACUGCAACACUUUCCAAUACUACAGCCUGGAGCCGGAUGGUUCCUGGGUGUUCACAGAAGAGGGGCCUCAUGGCCUUGCUGCUCUGCCUGAGUAG